AUGAAACAUGAAGAGUACCGUGUAUCAUUGUUUAGCUGCUGUUUAGAACUACAUGAUGAAAGUGAACAGAAUUUGCCGAUAUUUUAUGACGGAGACAAGCAUGGAAGACAGCAGCCUGCAUGGUACGUAAAUGGACAUCGAGAUGAAGCCGAAAAUUACAUAACAGAAGCCGAUAGAAAGGGUCAUGGAAAUUUUUGCAUUAGGCUGGCCAAGGAAACCCCAUAUGCCCUUACUUCCUACAUCAAUAAAACGUUUCAACACUUUUCCAUAUUGUCUUCGCCCCUGGGCUACAAGUUAAAACCUCCAUGGGUUAGCUGCCUACACAAAAUCGUCAGAUACUACGAAAACUGCUGCCUCCAAGCCAAGCCAAUUACACAAAAGCUCCGCUCCUCAGACCCAACAUCACCAACCAUAGAUAUGACAAACAGGCCAGUCCCUCCAAUAUCACCCCCUGUGGCAUCUCCAAGAGAGAAUAAACAUUUUAUUGAUAGGCCGCCCUCUUCUAAAGAUGAAAUUUUGGUAAGACCAAAACCAACCUUACCCUUCACCAAGGUGACUACCGCGACAAAGACGUCACCGAUGAAUCCUCUUUACAUGAAUACCGAUGCUGGUGGCAACUCCAACGCUCUCAGAAGGUCGAUAUCAACCGUAACGUCCUCUGUUUCGUCUCGAAAUGGCGGAGAAUUCGAAGCCCGUUAUAUAGAUAUGAAUAAAGGAAGUCGAAACUACAAUAAGAUGAAGCACGGAUCGUACGUCAAUUUAGGAUAAAAACAACGACAACAUCAACACCAAAUGAACAAACAAAUACAAACAAAAACAAACAAACAAAUAAACACAAACAACAAUACAAACAACGCAUACAAACAACGCAUACAAACAACACAUACAAUAUAACAUUGCUAAAACCGCGAGAAUGAUCGAAUUGCGCUAUAUCAUUUGUUAUUCAAUUAUUGUAUCUUUGUAAUCUUUGGUUUGUAAGCCAUAGAGUGUAUAGAAAUUUUGUAUCUUUGUAAAAUCGGACUAUAAUUAUGCACCUGAUUAGAGAAGUAUACAAGUCAGGGUUUCGAGCAGAAAAAACAAAGUCCUAAAUGUAGUUUAUUGUCUCUAUCACUAUUGCUAUUAAUAAGUCUUGAACCUACGGAAUAGCGAAGGCUUGACUGGCUUGGAAAGUAUUGCUGGUAGUCAAUACGAGGGUCAAGGGUUGCAAUAAUGUAUUUUUAUCAACUACGAAUUUUAAAAAGUUCAAUAAACAAAUAAAUGAGUGAAUGAACACAUAGCUAAAUUAUUAUUAAAAUAAAUUAAUGAUAAUUAAUAUGUUACUUUGGGCAAUAAAAUUGUUUAAAUCUUUU